GAAACAAUAACGUCUUUGCCAAGUUGAAUUUCCUGUUAUAUACAAUACAUGAGUUUUAGUCACAGCGCACUCUUGGGGUCAUUUUUAUAUGAUGUAAACAACAAAAUGGUGUUGUUUAGAUUGUUUCGAGAAAGAGAAAAAUGCUUCGUUGAACUUGAAGUGAAGCUUGAAAUAUUUUUAUUGCAGAUUAUUAAGUAUAUUAAUACCAGAGUUUAGCAGGUAUUUUUUAACAUUUUGAGACAUGUCAUUUUCCAAUGCAACAAAGGUUUUUAUAGCUUCAGUCUUAGCUGUGCCACUGACUUACGUUUACAACAUGGUGAUGCUGUUAAUACAGUGGGAUACGACGAGUCCUGUUGCCUGGCUAAUUGGGGCUUUAUUUAUUUUGACAGUACUGUCAGUUUCAGUUGUAAGGUCAUCAGGGUCUCAUGGAUAUGGUGUAAAGAAACAAGAUAAUUACCAAUUUUAUGUUUUUGCAGUAUCUUCUGUCUCUGGAGUAGUUGCUUUGAUCAUUGCACUAGAACUUGAUGGAAUAAUAUCAGGGUUUAUGGGUGUAUUUUUAAAGGUUGUAGAGCCAAACCUUCGCUCGGCACAUGGGACAAUGAUGUGUUAUUGGCACGGUACUGGAAUGUAUGCCAUGAACUUGCUCAUAGUCACUGCCAUCUCAUGGAAUAAUGCCUUUAUUGAAGUUGGAUUGUUUUGGUGUGGUUCCAUAGCCAAUAGUAUGGUGGUGCUGUUACUAGCAGCUUUAUCAGGUAAACAUGGAUUGACUUGGGGAACUUUGCUCUACAUAUCCUUUGCUUUAAUUUCUGCUCCAGAAUUUUUGAAAAUCUGGCAACAAAAAGAGAUUCCAAAGACAGGUUUACCCCCUUUGCCAGUGAGGAAAAGAAGUUUGGAUUGUUUAUGCAUGUUAUUUUUAACAUUUGCAAGCUUCAUGGCAGUUUUUAGAGGAUUGGCGGUUCUGGGAGCAGAUUCACAAACGAUUCAAGAUUAUGUAACAUAUAUUGAGCCUUAUUUAGCACUACAAGAUCCAGCUCCAUUUCCAAAGAUUCAGAUGCUGGUGUACCUUUUCUACUUUCUUCCAUUAUACAUUGUUACAGCAUAUGGAUUGGUGUAUGAAGGAUGUUACUGGGUUCCUGAUAUAACUGUCAUCCAUGCUGGUGCAGCUGUUCAGGCUCAGAUCAUACACAUUGGUGCCUCACUUCAUCCUCGAACACCAUAUGUGCAGCGGGUACCACCAAAUGGUGUUUCUUUGUUUCUUUUCUGGGGAAUCAAUCUUUUGUUAUUGGUUGGCCCUAUCUUUAUGGCCUGGAACUUCUGGAACAAUUUUCACUUUGCUUCCAGAGAAGUUAUCACAAGACGGGAUUCUACCCAGAAGAAGGAGUAACUUUCUU